AUGACUGAAGUUUCAUUUGCCGAAAAGGAAGUCUUAACAUCUCCCAACAGAUCUUCGUUAAGUGUUCACCUGGCGAAGUUACCUCGAAGACCUGCUAGUGAAGAUGCGUUCAUUCGAGUUCUACUGAAGUCUUUCAAUCCAGAAAAUCGCUUCGUUCAAGACAUCCACCUUCCUUUACCUCGAAUCAAUUUGAAAGCGCUACCAAAUGACAAUGGAAGAAUAAUCUACGAGCAAAUACGCUCAGAAGAAGCAAUGCAAAGCUACAGACAAGCUAAAUUAGCCAUAGAGAACCAAAUCUCAAAAGAUGAUGCUAAGUUUAAAGCUACAAUAAGCGGCUUUUUCCAGGUGCUGGACGCUGCGUACCAACCGAGCAACGCGCAUGACUUUACCAUUGGUGCCUUUCGUAAGCUUUUUCAGGACUACCAGUCCAAGCAAGAUCCUGCUUUGGAUGUUCAAGAUAUGAAGCUCAUAAAAAGACGGUUACGACCCCUGGAAACCUCAAUCUGUCUGAAAAGUCUGAAGCAGUUACAGCUCUUGGAUAAAAAAUUUGGUGUUUUAUCUUUCUCAAGAACCAACUGUGGGAGAUACGAUUCACAAGGAUUUCUUACGUUUGUGAAUUACCAAUGCGCAAAGGACUUUGUUGAGCAAUUCAAGGGAAAACUUUCGGUACGAGGCCGCAAGCUGCAAGUUGCUUUUGCAGCUCAGGAAUCUCUACUAGGCGGUUAUUUGCUUACCGGAAGACGAGGAAUCGAAAAUAUAAUGGAAGUCAGAGGCCAAAGACAACCCCAGAAGCAAGUGGAAGAUGAAGCCAACAAGAAAGUCAAACGUCAGCUACGAAGACUACGACAUAAACUCACGACCAAAGGUCUUGCGCCUGUCGCAAUUCAAAAGAUUGUCGAUGAAACUGUUCGAGACAAAUCUGCGGCCAUUACCACUGCGAGCUCGAAGAGAUCAAAAAUUUCACCAAGCGAGAGCGCACCCAAAAAGAAGAAGAACACCGCCGAUGUGACGGGGAACCCACCAAACAAGAUCCUUUUGGUUCAAAAUCUGCCCUCCGGUGUAUCGCAGGAGACAGUUUCAAACCUUUUCCAGGGUGAGGGCUUCGUGGAGAUUAGACUUGUUGGCGUAAGAAACCUCGCAUUUGUCGAAUACGAUAGCAUACCACAUGCGUCCAAGAUUAUGGAUAAUCUGGGGGCAUCUCACCAGUGGGGAGAUGCUGUCGUGUCGAUAGGCUUUGCCAAAUAA